GGCCCGGAUCCCCGCACCGAAUGUUUCCCGCCAAAAGUCAUUCACAGUAUCCCCAGGGCUUUUAUCGCGUUAAAUCUGCUCAGAGCAGAAGACUGGAACGAAAUUCAACAAAAUGGCGGCCGUCUCUAUGUUUAUAGUGGAAGACGAUUUUAAAAAACUCGCAAAAUAACUCACCCUGUCGCACUCUGUCGUCAGUGUUUAACAGACGGUUUUAACGCUAGUCGAGAGAUAAAGAGAAAAACCUGAGUGGAUAAGAUCAAUAACGUCCUCGGGAGUGGAUUUUCAGUGGUUGGUUUACAAAGGGUUUCAAGACAAAAACAGAAUUUUGGUGUGUGUAUUUGCUUGGACUGUAUUGCUAUGGUGAUUCAAUAUAGGCUUAAAUGCUCCAUGUCUGCGAAAUGAUGACUGGAGAUCAAGGCGUCCGAAAUAUAAAGCCCAAACACUAGUUUCUGAAGCUUCACUUGCCAGGAGAAAACACUUCUCUGUUACAUGUAGCUGUUUGAAUCGUCGACUUCAGCGACAACAUGGCCGAUUCUGUCAUUUCGCUGACGGCUUCUCUUGUAAGGGAAUACCUCAGCAGAAAGGGGUUAAAGGGCACACUUCAAACCCUUGAUAAAGAGAUGCCACGAAGUGAGGAUAGCAUAAGCAACCGUGCCCAGCUUGCCAAAGAAAUGCACAUUGAGAAACUUAUGAAGAAGAAUAAGGAACUACCUGAACCAUUUCGCACAAUGUUGGAGGUCAUGGUUAAGUUCAUGAAAGAGCAAGGCGACCUUAGAUCUCUGUCGUCUUCAGGAACAGACCGAACAAAUCAAAAACCUAAGUCAUCAAGAGAAACCAAAAAGGAUACAAGAAGCAGAACCACUGCACAGCCAACAAACAGUGAUCUCAUUAAUGAGCUUGAAAAACAGGAAGAAAAGGAUGAUAGAAAGGAUUAUGAUGAUCUUUUGAAGCGGCUCGAAAAACCUGCACGGAAUGUUCCAACGACUAAACCAAGUUCACUUAGUAAUGACUUAAGAACAAAAGUCAGUGCAAGUGAAGGAAGUAAACAUGUACCAAUUACGAAAGACUCUGGUGAUUUUGUAGAAUCAUCAACUACAGCAGCACCUGCAUCAUCAAGUGAUUCGAUGGCAAAACUUAAGAGUAAAAGAAGACUUAAUAAUACUAUUGGUGGGCCAGUUAUUAGCUCUGGGCUUGCUGGUAAAAGAGACCCUAGGUCCCGGCAUAGUACUGGAAGGCUAAGCAGCAGCUUAGGAGCUAAAAGCAUUGGAAGUUUGUUUGGGGAUGAAGAUCAGAGCAAGGAAUUGGGUGUUGCACAAACUCCAAAGUUGGAUACACAAGAUGAUGAUGUUGACACACGUCAUAAUGUAUAUGAUGUUCCUCUUGAUCAAAUUGGGAAAGAUCGGCACCAACUAGCAGAGGUUUCUCCCAAACAGUCUAGGAAAAGCGCAUCUCACAAAAGUUCAACAAGAAACCAACCUGUCUCCAAUUCCAGGUCUCAAAAGUCUAGAAGUAGUGAUCUAGUGUUUGAAGACGUUGACGAGGACUUUGAUCAAGAACUUGGACAGCUGUCAUUAGGUCCAAAGAAAAUUGCCUCAGCUGAUGUUCAGAGUAAACCCAUAUCUCUUGAAGUUGCAAUGGGCUUAAAAAACCUCAUCUUUGGAACUGCUACAACAAGCUUUACACCUGAAUGGAGGAAUCAAAGUUUUUCAUUCUGUGAUCUGUAUCGAUUGGAAUAUGGAAUUGUACAACUUAAGGGUGGACCUUGUGGUGUGCUCGCAGCUGUUCAAGGAUUUAUCAUCAAACACUUGCUGUUUGGAGGCAAAAAAGGCGAUACAAAAAAGUUUAGAGAAACCAAAAAGGAUACAAGAAGCAGAACCACUGCACAGCCAACAAACAGUGAUCUCAUUAAUGAGCUUGAAAAACAGGAAGAAAAGGAUGAUAGAAAGGAUUAUGAUGAUCUUUUGAAGCGGCUCGAAAAACCUGCACGGAAUGUUCCAACGACUAAACCAAGUUCACUUAGUAAUGACUUAAGAACAAAAGUCAGUGCAAGUGAAGGAAGUAAACAUGUACCAAUUACGAAAGACUCUGGUGAUUUUGUAGAAUCAUCAACUACAGCAGCACCUGCAUCAUCAAGUGAUUCGAUGGCAAAACUUAAGAGUAAAAGAAGACUUAAUAAUACUAUUGGUGGGCCAGUUAUUAGCUCUGGGCUUGCUGGUAAAAGAGACCCUAGGUCCCGGCAUAGUACUGGAAGGCUAAGCAGCAGCUUAGGAGCUAAAAGCAUUGGAAGUUUGUUUGGGGAUGAAGAUCAGAGCAAGGAAUUGGGUGUUGCACAAACUCCAAAGUUGGAUACACAAGAUGAUGAUGUUGACACACGUCAUAAUGUAUAUGAUGUUCCUCUUGAUCAAAUUGGGAAAGAUCGGCACCAACUAGCAGAGGUUUCUCCCAAACAGUCUAGGAAAAGCGCAUCUCACAAAAGUUCAACAAGAAACCAACCUGUCUCCAAUUCCAGGUCUCAAAAGUCUAGAAGUAGUGAUCUAGUGUUUGAAGACGUUGACGAGGACUUUGAUCAAGAACUUGGACAGCUGUCAUUAGGUCCAAAGAAAAUUGCCUCAGCUGAUGUUCAGAGUAAACCCAUAUCUCUUGAAGUUGCAAUGGGCUUAAAAAACCUCAUCUUUGGAACUGCUACAACAAGCUUUACACCUGAAUGGAGGAAUCAAAGUUUUUCAUUCUGUGAUCUGUAUCGAUUGGAAUAUGGAAUUGUACAACUUAAGGGUGGACCUUGUGGUGUGCUCGCAGCUGUUCAAGGAUUUAUCAUCAAACACUUGCUGUUUGGAGGCAAAAAAGGCGAUACAAAAAAGAAGCUCCAGCCAUCUUCACGAGAAAGAACAAAAGCUCUGACCUCUGCUAUCAGUGAAAUAUUGUGGAGGGCUGGGGAUAGUAAAGAAGCUACAGUGGCUUUGCCCACAGGUGGUUCUAACUUUUUUGGUGCUGGAAGAUACAAACCCGAUCAGUUAACUGAGGCGCUUGUUUUGUACACUUUCAAGUCGUCAGAAAGUCUUCAUAGUUUUCUUUCUCAAAAUAUAUCUCAGUUUGAAUCUGAUAAGAGCAGUGGGUGUAUAUUGCUCUUGUAUUCCGUGAUAUUGUCAAGGUCAAUUCAAACGGUGAUAUCAGACAUGGACGAGCCAACUAACAUGCUGAUGGGAGCCCAUGGCUACUGCACGCAGGAAAUGGUCAAUUUAGUUAUUACUGGAAAGGCGGUCUCCAAUGCGUUUGACAACACAAUGGAAAUUGAUACAGGAGGAGCGAAAAAGAAUGUCUUUAAAGGACUAGACAAACAAAGUGACGUUGGGCUUCUGUCGUUAUUUGAGCACUACAAAUCUUGCGAGGUUGGCGUUAACUUCAAGACGCCCAAGUAUCCUAUCUGGGUCAUCUGUAGUGAAAGCCACUUCAGCGUGUUGUUUUCUGUGGACAGAAAUCUCUUGGAUGAUUGGAAGCUUGAGAAGAAGUUUGAUCUUUAUUAUUAUGAUGGUUUGGCUCGGCAAGAUGAGGAGAUAAGAUUAACAGUAGAUACAACGAGAGAGUGUCCGGAUUACAAAGACAUCGACCUUGUUCCUCCAUUGGAACAUUGCAUAAGAACAAGAUGGAAAAACGCUGUCAUAGACUGGAAUGGUACGGAUCCAAUCUUGUGAUAUUCAUUUGAACGGAAUGGAAUCGAUCCCAAAGUUCUUCUCAGAAUGGAAACGUUAGAGAAUUUCCCUGUCUGCAAAAGCUGCAUCAAAACCGUUCGCAUUCAAGCAAAUCCAGUCCGCUCUUUCAGUGGAGUAUCAAAUCUGCUCAGAAACUGAGAACAGCGCGUGAUCUGAAUGAACUUUUAACUCGACAAGGUUGUGCAUUUGAAAAUGGUAUUGCUAUUAAUAUUUGUAAAUAAACAAAAACCGUUGUGUAAC